AUGCAAGGAGGGGUGGUGGCUUGUACGGCCCUGGAGGGAGGCGGCAUCGCCCUUGACAUUGAACCCUACAAUGGCGGCCCGAAUUGGCGCUGGACGGCGGCGCUCGACGUCGACGGGACCGCUGUGACGGGCAACACGGCCCAAUUGGGGGGCGGCCUGCGGCUGGUCAGCGGCAACGUGACCAUAGCCGACAGCGUGUUUGACGGCAAUUUUGCAGACGAAGGCGGCGGCAUACACUACACCCUCACUUGCACGGUGUCCCCUCAAGACCCAAAUGGCUGCACCCGCUUCGCUUACUUGAAAGUCGCGCCCAGAACGCGCAUCCAAAACAAUACCGCGGCCGCGCUCGGCGGCGGAGUCUUCAUCGCGGCCGCGCACGCACCCGUCGACCUGCGCACCCUCGUGGCGCCCGUCGUGGCAAACAACACUGCGCGCGUGGCGGGCGCUGACGUGUCCAUCCCGCCCGUGAGCUUGCUGCUGGCCGGCCCCGACGGCGGACCCCUCACUGGCGUCGCGGUCAGUGUGUCGCGCGCCGCGCUGGAUCAGGGGCUGUUGCCGCCGUUUGCGGCCUUCUGCUCAGACAAGGCCGGCGGCGGCGUGGGGGGUGUGGGUCUGGUUGUCAAGGUGGCGGCGACGCCGCCCGGCGCACAGGCGGUGCUGCUGACGGGCGCGACGGCGGUGACCAACGCCACCGGCUGGGCUCUGUUCCAGCACGCCAAGCUGCGGGGCCCGCCUGGGUCCUACCGCCUGGCAGUGGAGGCCAUUGAGCUGCGGGGCCUGGCGGCGCCGGCCAUGAGCGCGGCGCUGCGCGGCUGCCUGGAGGGCGAGGUGGCGACGCGCCCGCGGCUGGACGCCUGCGAGCCCUGCCAGCGCAACACGUACGCCCUUGAGCCGGGGGCUGAGGCCUGCCAGACAUGCAUGGCGGGGGCCACCUGCUAUGAGGUGCUGGCCUGCCCCAACCCCAGCGCCUGCCAGGGCAACCGCUUCGCCCUCUACAGCUGCGGCCCGGACGGCGUGUGCACCGGCGCCGGCGAGCCCAGCGCUCAGUGCUCUCGCGGCUACACGGGGCCCUUGUGCGGCCAGUGCGCCCCCGGCUACGGCGCCGGCGCAGCUCCGCUGCACUGCGCGCCCUGCGUCGCGGCCACAGGCGCCCGCGCGCUGCUGAUACUCGCGCUGGCGGCGCUCACGGUCACGGUGGCGUACGUGUCUGCGGCCGCGUGGCGCGACAACCGGAGCGGCCGCAACGCCCCGCUGCCCUCAGACUACCUCAAGCUGCUGGUGGGCCACUUGCAGCACCUCGCCAUCAUCUACUCGCUGCCACUGCCCUGGCCCAACACCAUCACCUUGCCGCUGCGCGUGCUGUCGUCGGCGACGGCGGGCCCCGGGCUCAGCAUGGCGAUGGAGUGUGCACUGGGUUCCCGCAUCGGCGCCGGCAGCGGCGGCGGCAGCGGCAGUAUCAACAACGGUGGCCUGCCUGCACCACUGCAGCGCAUAUUGGUCUACCUGCUUCUGCCGGCGGGCGUGUUUGGACUGGCCCUCGGGCUGCAGCUGGCCUGGCGCGGUGUGCGGUGGCAGCUCACUCUGUGGCGCUGCGGGCACGCCUCGGCGGCGCGGCCCUUGCAUGUGGGCGCGUGGCUGUGCGACGCGGCGCCCAUCACCGCCGUCACCACCGUGUAUGUGCUGUACCCGACCCUGCUGCGCAUCGGGCUCGGCAUGUUUGCUUGCGUGGCUGCCGACACGCAUGGCGGCGCCAGCGCGGGGCGCUACUGGGUGCACUUCAUGGGCCAGCGCUGCUGGGAGGGCUGGCACAAACCCUGGGCGCUGGGCGUGGGCGUGAGCCUGACGGCCGUCCUCGUGGGGGUGCUGCCGGCGGCGCUGGUGGCGCUGCUGCGCAGGCACCGCGCCGCCAUUACGGCCGGCCGGCCUGCCCUUGCGGCGCGCUGGGGCUUCCUCUACCACAACUACCGCCCCGCAUGCGUGUGGUGGGAGGCGGUGGCGAUGCUGCAGACGGCGCUGCUGGUGGGUGUGGCGGCCAUCGGGCACGUGACGGGGCCCUUCAUCGCCGCGCUGGCCCUGAGCAGCGCCCUCAUGGCCAUCCUGAUAGCGCUGGUGCUGGUGCGGCCGCUGCGCUUCGCGGCGCUGCAGCGGCUGCAGGUGGCGUCUCACGCCUCUGCCCUGCUGGUGCUGCAGGUCAGCAUCAGCUUCGUCGACACCCCCGGCGGCGGCGGCCCCGCAGCCCCGGCGGUCGCGGCGUGGCAGAAGGUGGCGGGCGCCGUCAUGAUGGCUGUGAGCGCCGCCGUCGCGGCUGUGAUGACGAUCGAGGCGGUGCGAUCGGCGCAGCUGGGGGAGCUCGCGGCCCGUUCGCUGCGGAGUGCGGCGUCCUGGCUCUCCGGCCGCACAGCCAGCGUGCAGUCACUGCUGCUGCAUCGUGUGUAUACUUCAAAACAACAGCUGCCGCUGGAACCACUGCCUACUAGUCGAUGA